AUGGCUUCCCCACUCCCCCCAACGAAGUCCAGUCCCGAUAGCCAAGAGGUGCAGAGUAAAGACCAGAAAGACAACUGGGUAGAACAUGUUCAAGAUGAGAAUGCUCUGGAUUUGGUAGCUACCUAUCAUUCCUACGAGCCGGAGUUCCGCUCCAAGGUGGAAAAAGAGCUAUUACGCAAAAUCGACGCUCGAAUUCUCCCUCUGAUUGUGGUAAUCUAUCUUUUCAACUACCUGGAUCGAAACUCGAUCACUCAAGCUCGCUUGUAUGGCCUUCAAGAAGAUACUGGCCUCAAAGGCGCCGAGUACCAAACGGCAAUAUCCAUCUUUUCUGCUGGUUACAUCCUCAUGCAACUCCCAUCGACCAUCAUGAUGACAAAAUUCCGUCCCUCCAUAUAUCUGCCAACAUGUAUGAUUCUUUGGGCCAUUACUAGUGGAUGCACGGCCGCUACACAAAGCACCCCGGGCAUCCUGCUUGUCCGAUUCUUUCUUGGCUUUGUGGAAGCCCCGUUCUUCCCCGGUGCGGUAUACUAUCUUAGUUGCUGGUAUACAAAACGUGAAAUUGGCGUCAGGAUGGCGUUAUUGGUUUGCGGAAUCCUGCUGUCCAACGCGUUUGCUGGUCUCAUAUCGGCCGGGAUUCUCUCCGGAAUGGGAGGCGUUGCCGGCCUGGCGGCAUGGAGAUGGCUUUUCAUCCUCGAGGGUCUUGCUACAGUCGUCCUAGGAUGCCUCGCACUAGUAGUCCUCCCGGACUUCCCUAGUACAACCAAAUGGCUCACGGAUUCCGAGAAGGUUGUGGCUCAGGCCCGUCUCGCUGUUGACUCGGGAACUAGCACCGUGAACGAUGAAGAGGUCCCUAUUAUGCGUGGCAUCGCAUGGGCAGUAAAAGACGCUCGGACAUGGAUCUUCGCUUGCUUACAAAUGUCCACUACUGCGUCUAUUUCGUACUCUCACUUCUUUCCGACAUUGAUCAAGCAACUUGGCUUUGAGAAUAAUACGAUUGUACUCCUGCUUACAUCUCCGCCAUAUUUCGUGGCAUUCUGGUGGUCCCUGUCUUGGGCAUGGGUUGCAGACAGGAAGCAGAUCCGUUCCAUCCCUUCUGGAAUAUCUCAAGCAUUGGCAAUGGUUGGCACCAUUCUCCUCAUUGCAGUCUCGGGCCAGCUUUGGGCCCGCUACGCGUUUACUUUCCUGGUUUGCUGUGGUACAUUUGGUGUGUACUCGACGACAUACGCAUGGCUCUCCUCUACUCUUACACAGCCGCCAAUCAAGCGUGCUGUCGCAAUUGGACUUGCCAAUACAUGCGCUAAUAUUGCUUCUCUUUUCGCCAACUACUUUUGGUUGGACGAGUACGAGCCUGCAUAUCGGCAGUCUUGGGGCUGUCUGCUAGCCUUCCAGGCGCUUGGGAUGGCGUGCAUCCUGACACUUCGGUUCUUGCUUCAGCGGUCGAACAAGAAAUUCGAGAAGCUGGCGGCCGAAGGGGACAUCAACGAUACGAUUUUCAUUUCUCAUUUGAACGAUGAUGAGCGAAGCGCCGUUCAAAAUAAUUUCAGAUAUGUAGUCUAG